CCUCGUGCCACCUGGCUGCAGUCAGUGCUGGAGCUGCGGGGAAGGUGGCUGAGAGCUGCUGCGACAGACGCCCGUGCCCAGCAACCAGGCUCGGCACCGUCAUGGUCCUCCGGCUGUGGCUGUGGCUGUGGCUGGUGCCAGGGGUGGCAGCGGGACACCCGCCCGAGGACGCGGAGCAGGAGCAGGGCUACUACCUGCAGCAGCUGUUCGGGCUCUACGGGCACAAUGGGACGCUGGCCCCCGAGGGGCUGCGGCGCCUGCUGCGGUGCCUGGGGCUGGGCCGGGUGCAGGUGGUGCAGAUCGACCACGAGGACCUGGGCCAUGGCCACGUCGCCCAUCUCGAUGCGCUGGACCUGCAGGAUGGGCGCCACGUCCAUGCCCGUGCCCACCGCCACAGCCACGGCCACGGCCACGACUACCCCGGCUCACAGGGCCCUGGCAAUGCCACCACCAGCCCCACACCCGAGGCUCCCCUGGCAAUGCCCACAUCGCUCGCUGAGACAUGGAGCCCCAGUCCCAGGGGGGACCCGGGGCCCGGGAAGGAUCCCCCGGGGCUGAGCCUGCUGGAGCGGGUGCUGGCGCUGGACCACUCCAUCUACAACCACCUGCACGAGGAUUGCCUGAACGUGUCGCAGCUGCUGGUGAACUUUGGCCUGGCCGGGACGGCGCAGAUCACCCCCGAGCAGUUUGCGCUGCUGUGCCCGGCACUGCUCUACCAGAUCGACGCCCGCGUCUGCCUGCACCACCACCCUGCCCCAGCGCCACCCGUGCCCCAGCCUGCCCUCGGCCCGGGUGCGGCCUUCGCGGAGGGGCCAUCGGGGGGGCUGAGCACAGCGUUGGCUGUCUUCUGCCACGAGCUGCCGCACGAGCUGGGCGACAUGGCGCUGCUGCUGGGCGCCGGCCUGCGUCUCCGUGCCGUGCUCCUGGCCAACCUGCUCUCGGCGCUGCUGGCCUAUGUGGGCAUGGCCGUUGGCGUCCUCGCCAGCCGUGCUGCCCGGCCCCUGGGGCCCUGGAUCUUCGCUGCCACGGCUGGUGUCUUCCUCUAUGUGGCCCUUGUGGACAUGCUGCCCCAGAUGCUGCUGCGUGGCACAGGCGCGGGCAGGCGGCGGGCAGACGCCGGACGCUGCUUUGUGCUCCAGGCCCUUGGUUUCCUCCUGGGCGGGGGGCUCAUGCUCACCAUUGCGCUCUUUGAGGAGCAGCUCAGCUUCCCCCUGGAGCCCUGAUGCCCCCGGCCCCAGGACGGGCCAGAUGCGGCUCCCGCGGCCUGGACAGCACUGCACGGCUCCAGACUCUCGGGCUCUCUCCAGCAGUGCUGGGGUGGGGCGCUUGGUCUGAUGGGCGCCUGAGAGGGUCCCCAGACCCAGCAGGGGAGCCGUGGACACGGGGCCAGGGCUCCUGGCUGUGGAGGAGACGGAUGGAUGCCUCCUGCGGCGAAGACCCUGGCCCAGGACGGACAUGCGGGGCAGGUGGGGGGCCUGGACCCCCCCUGGGGCAUGGAAAAGUGAGCACCAUUGAAUAAAGGUCGUUAAUGC